CUCCCCACCCCUUUCCUCUGCUUCACUUUAAGGUGUCCAGAUGCCUCUUGUCCACUCCCUUUGCUUUUAGCCCUCAGAAGGGCAGGAAGAACCACGGCUGGGGCCAGAAAACAUAGCCCUAGACUGACAGAGAAGAGUGCUGGGGAGCGGUGACUCCCCUCCAGCCCCUGGCUCACAGGGACUGUGGGUGGCUAAAGAAAACCUGUUCUGCUACUGGGAACAUGAAGAACUGCUGGACAAUUUCGGUUUUCUUCCUUGCAUGCAGUUUCCUGGGACCCUGGGCAUCUGCAGCUGUCAAGCGUCGCCCAAGAUUCCCUAUCAACUCAAAUUCUAAUGGUGGAAAUGAACUCUGUCCCAAGGUCAGAAUCGGCCAAGAUGACUUGCCAGGGUUUGACCUGAUUUCUCAGUUCCAGAUAGAAAAAGCAGCAUCUAGAAGAGCUAUCCAAAGAGUGGUGGGGUCAACUGCACUGCAAGUGGCUUACAAGUUGGGAAAUAAUGUAGACUUCAGGAUUCCAACUAGGCAUUUAUAUCCCAGUGGACUGCCUGAAGAAUAUUCCUUUUUAACUACUUUUCGGAUGACUGGAAGUACACUUGAAAAGAACUGGAGCAUUUGGCAGAUUCAGAAUUCCCUGGGGAAGGAGCAAGUUGGCGUGAAGAUUAACGGCCAGACAAAGUCGGUUGCAUUUUCCUACAAGGGACUGGAUGGGAAUCUCCAAACUGCAGCCUUUUCGAAUUUGCCUUCCUUGUUUGAUGCCCAGUGGCAUAAGCUCAUGAUCAGCGUGGAAAGCAGCAGGGCCACUCUUUUCGUGGACUGCAACAGGAUUGAGUCCUUACCUAUAAAGCCAAGAGGCCCCAUUGACGUGAAUGGCUUUGCUGUACUGGGAAAGCUUGCAGAGAAUCCUCAAGUUUCUGUUCCAUUUGAACUUCAGUGGAUGCUGAUCCAUUGUGACCCUCUGAGACCCACGAGAGAAACGUGCCAUGAGCUGCCAGCCAGAAUACCACCCAGCAGGAGUACCGAGGACGAUGACGACGAGGAGCAGAGAGGCCCUCCGGGAGAGCGGGGUCCCCCCGGGCCCCCCGGGCCCCCUGGAGUUCCGGGCAUCGACGGCAUCGACGGCGACCGAGGUCCCAAAGGUCCCCCAGGUCCCCCGGGUCCUCCCGGUGAACCCGGAAAGCCAGGAGCUCCAGGCAAGCCCGGCACUCCGGGCGCCGACGGAUUAACAGGACCUGAUGGAUCCCCUGGAUCUGUUGGACCAAGGGGACAAAAAGGAGAACCUGGUGUGCCUGGAUCUCGUGGAUUCCCAGGCCGUGGUAUUCCUGGCCCCCCAGGUCCUCCUGGGACAGCAGGACUCCCUGGAGAGCUUGGCCGUGUAGGACCAAUUGGUGACCCUGGGAGAAGAGGACCACCUGGCCCUCCCGGCCCCCCGGGCCCCAGUGGAACAAUUGGCUUUCAUGAUGGAGAUCCGCUGUGUCCUAAUGCCUGCCCACCAGGUCGUUCCGGAUACCCAGGCCUACCCGGCAUGAGGGGUCAUAAAGGGGCUAAAGGAGAAAUUGGUGAACCAGGAAGACAAGGACACAAGGGUGAAGAAGGUGACCAGGGAGAACCAGGAGAAGCUGGCGCUCAAGGACCUCCAGGAGCUCAAGGCUUGAGAGGCAUCACUGGCAUACUUGGGGACAAAGGAGAAAAAGGUGCUCGGGGCUUAGAUGGUGAACCUGGACCUCAAGGUCUUCCUGGUGCACCUGGUGACCAAGGACAGCGAGGACCUCCAGGAGAAGCAGGUCCCAAGGGAGAGAAAGGUCCUCAAGGUUCUAGAGGAAUUCCUGGAGUCCCCGGACCCAAAGGAGACACGGGCUUGCCAGGAGUGGACGGCCGAGAUGGGAUACCUGGAAUGCCUGGAACAAAGGGCGAGCCAGGGAAAACUGGGCCUCCUGGUGAUGCAGGGUUACAGGGUUUACCAGGUGUACCUGGAAUUCCUGGUGCAAAGGGUGUCUCUGGUGAAAAGGGUAACACAGGAGCCCCAGGGAAGCCUGGUCAACUGGGAAAUUCAGGCAAACCGGGCCAGCAGGGGCCUCCAGGAGAGGUGGGACCACGAGGACCCCGGGGGCUUCCGGGCAGUAGAGGAGAAAUAGGACCAAUGGGAUCCCCAGGCAUACCAGGUAAACUGGGACCUCAAGGUAGCCCUGGCCUGCCUGGCUUGCCUGGACCGCCUGGGCUGUCGGGACUGAAAGGUGACAGGGGUGUAUUUGGCGAGCCGGGUCCAAAGGGUGAACAGGGUGCCACUGGUGAAGAAGGUGAAGCAGGAGGAAGGGGUGAUCUUGGAGAUACAGGAUUACCUGGCCCAAAGGGAUCUAUGGGUGACCCCGGGGAGCCUGGCUUGAGAGGGCCUGAAGGAAUUCGUGGGCUUCCUGGAGUGGAAGGACCAAGAGGACCACCUGGACCCCGGGGUGUGCAGGGGGAGCAGGGCGCCACCGGGCUGCCUGGUGCGCAGGGCCCGCCGGGCAGAGCACCGACAGAUCAGCACAUUAAGCAGGUUUGCAUAAGGGUCAUGCAAGAGCAUUUUGCUGAGAUGGCUGCGAGUCUUAAGCGUCCGGACUCCGGUGCCUCUGGCCUCCCUGGCAGGCCCGGUCCCCCUGGCCCCCCUGGCCCCCCUGGAGAGAAUGGUUUCCCAGGUCAGAUGGGAAUUCGUGGCCUUCCCGGCAUUAAGGGCCCCCCUGGUGCUCUUGGUUUGAGGGGACCUAAAGGUGAGCUGGGAGAAAAGGGGGAGCGUGGCCCUCCAGGAAGAGGUCCCAAAGGUCUGCCUGGAGCAACAGGUCUCCCAGGUGACCCAGGCCCUGCCGUGUAUGGGAGAAACGGCCUGGAUGGCGAGCGAGGGCCCCCCGGGGUGGCCGGAAUUCCUGGUGUGCCUGGUCCCCCGGGGCCUCCUGGUCCUCCUGGAUUCUGUGAGCCAGCUUCCUGCACCCUGCAGGCUGGUCAGCGAGCGUUUAGCAAAGGCCCUGACCAGUGACCGGUUUAGGGCUGCACAGCUGCUGCAGAAACCACACCCGGGGAAGAGCUUCAGGGAGAGACCCUGCCGGAUGCAGGGGUGAGGCGGAUCAGGCGUGACCUUCAGGCUAACUGCACAGGUCCCCCUGGACAAUCUAGAACAAUGGUGCUAUCCAAGAAAUCCCUUUCCCUUUCCCUUGCAUGGAAGAUAGGGAGUCACCAGCAAAAGAAAUCCCAAUUCUCUUGAACUAAGUGUACAGUUCUCUUCGCAGGAUCUUGGACUUUUCAGUGUGCUAUACAUAUGUGGCGUAAUAUUGUGGGCCACGGUGCCAAUAAACAAAAACAGUCUGUGUACCUCA